GAGCAAUCAACGUUUCGAAGCUAAGUGUAAAAUAAGAGGAGACAUCGAUAGUGAAGUUAAUUACUCUUCAUAGCAAAUAACGUACGCGUAUGUAAACUUUAGACGAGGAAAAUAUGAAGAAAUUCGUGUCAAGGUGUGUUAAGGCAAUACUUAUUAUUAUAAUUGGAUUAGGUUUCAUUGCUCUCAAUGGUAUGAACAAGCAAAAAAUCUUGGAGAAUUUUGACAUGGAGAUCAAUUUACACAAUGUGUUGGGGAAUCUUCGUUCAACUGCUCAGCUUCAUCUCGUGACAAAUUACCCUAUAAUGGCUUUGCCACCAUGGAAGAUAAAUCAAACAGAAAAAAUACGACUCGUUUGAUGGAAAGGCAGAAAGAAGUCGAAGAAACUCUUCAACGAAAUCUAAAUCACCCUCAUGUCAAGGCUUUACAUAUCUUUCUUAAUCAAAACAACGCUGAAGAGCGCCUAAAUUCCUUGGAUUUAAGAAAUAAACAGAAACUUGUUGUCCGUCCUUAUACAGGAAUGCCAACGUACAAACAUUUCGCUUCUUAUGUCAACCAGAGACUGACAAAUGAGUUAAUCGCAAUUACGAAUAUGGAUAUCUACCUUGGAGAAGGAUUUGAAAAAAUCAAUGUACGUUUGAUGACAAAACAUAAUAUUGCCUAUGCUUUAACCCGCAGUGGAAAAAAGGAGAGGCGAUGUUAUAUGAAUUAUACAAUCGGAAGAUGUGAAGAAAACCCAUACAUCGGAUCUCACGAUACUUACAUAAUGAAAUUAAAAGAGCCUGUGUGUAAUGAGGUGUUAGAAAUGCUUACGAAUCCCAUGAACAGAGUAGGAGCUGAAAAAAAAUGGUUUGGUUAUUGAAGAACAAAAUGAAUAUGACAGUUUUGAAUACGUGUUUAAUUUUAAGAACAUAUCACAACCACUGUUCUGGUGUUCAUGGAUAUCGAAGGUACGAUAGACUACCAAGGGAUAAAGUUCUCUUGUGUCCACCCUCUGGUUUAUACGAAUAACCAAACUUUUAUUUUUAGUAAGAACAUAAGUUCAAGUUAUGAGAAAAGAAAUGUUUUAAAUCAACUAAUAAGCAUAA